AUGGAAAUCAUCGAGGAAAAUAAUUUCCAAACUAAAGAAAUUCCGGAUUUUUUAAAGCUAAUAAAUGAAUUAAAAAUUAAAGCUAAAGAAAUAAAAGAACAAAUUUGCAUUACAACAAACAAAGUUAAUAAUCAAUCAUUGAAAACCAAUUGCGGCAUAUCUUUACUUGAUAUUAAAUAUCAUACACUCCUUCAAUAUAUUACAAACUUAACAUUUUUAAUUCACUUGAAAUUGGAUGGAAAAUCAAUAUCUAAUCAUCCUGUCAUUUCAAAUCUGGUAGAGUUAAGAAUAAUUUUGGAAAAGAUUAAACCUGUUGAGCAAAAAUUAAAGUAUCAAAUUGAUAAAUUAAUAAGAGCUGCAACAAUUGAAAAUAUUGAAGAGAAAAAUUCUAAUUUAAUAACUAACAAUAUUACAAUAGCUGAUCCUCUAUCAUUUAAGCCAAAUCCACAAGAUUUUGUAUCAAAAGUUGAUGAUAAGAACGAAAAAGAUGAUAAGGUUGAAAUAUAUAAGGCACCAAAGUUAGCUCCUGUACAUUUUGAUGAAGGGAGUAAUUCUGUACGUGAAAAGGAACAAUCACGUCUUAUUGCUAGAGCAUCGAAAUCACGUAUAAUGAAGGAUCUUAUCGCAGAAUAUGACGAUAAACCAGAAGAAAUUGAUGUAACUGGUGGUGUACGCGAAGAACUAAUACAUGAUAAGCGAAUUGAAGAAAAACUUGCUGAACGUAAUCGUUAUGAAGAAGAAAAUUUUAUCAGGUUAUCGAUUCCAAAGAAGGAACUUAAAAAAUUAAGUAGUUCGAAAAAAUUCGAGAAUGAGUUUGAGAAUUUUAAUGAUUUUAACAGUCUAGCGACAAUCCAAGAAGAUGUUGAUUCUUUUGAGGGACAGAAAAUGAAUGUUUUAGCCAGACGUAAUGCUCGUAAAGAAAAAUAUAGAGUAUCAGAUGAUGAGGAUUCUUUAUCUCAAUCUCAUGAACACAUAAGACGUGAUAAACAAGAAACAUUUAACGGCUUAUUAGAUGAUUUUCCACAAAAGAAAAAAAGAAAAAAUAAAUUUCAGAAAGCUAAAAAAAAUUUAAAGUCGCAAAAACGCAGAC